UUAUGUCCUGUUGUGAUGAAAAGCACUAGUUUUUAAUGACUCAUAUUAAAUGAAAGUACCUUAUUUUAAAUCUAGGUGCGUGCAUCUUGACUAUGUUUAUGAUCAGUAUGAAUCAAACUGACGUGGUGAGUCCUCCACUGUCACAACAAGUCUGCCAAGUGCUUUAAAAUGCAUAUGAUCAUGACAGAGCCACUUCACAGCCGAGCAGUGGCAGACAGCAGGGGCCAUUUGUGCGGGCAUGUCGCUGAAAAGCUGAGGCCUCACCUGUUGGGAGCGUGCACACACAGGGAGGCGCAGUGAAAGUGGGGUGGGCGGGGUUAGCUCCGUUUUAUCUGCCUGUCCUGAAAACUUUGCACCAAACGUCUGGAGCCCCGCGGUGCACCUCUCGCGAAAGGAUCUCACCUGCGCCUUACGUCGGAUUUAUCUGCUGAUCAAGAUGUUCAAAUAAUCCCCGCUGAACCGACGAGUCGUAUCUACACAGUGACUAAUCAAUAGCCAUGAAGAAGGGGUCGUUGAAUUUUUUGGGUCGAAAGAACCAGUCUCUUUUCGACACCAAUAUCAAAGUGAGGGACAUGGAUAAUGUCAAUUGGAUGCUGGAUUCAGCAGCCAUCCCCGAGUCAGGAACCGCCAGCGUGCGGGCCAGACCCACUGUCAACCAUCAUACUUCAACUGACACUUUUCAAGGGUUUGCUGUCCCAACUCCUAAAGUCCCCCUUCUCCCCCCUGUGAAUGGUCCAAAGGCUAAUGGUUCAGUCGCUGGAAAUCAGCUGCUCAACGGAUCAGUUAUAUCUGUGUCUGACCCUGUGGAAGGGGAAAUAUUUGUUCCUCCUCCUCCCUCUACGGCACCUCCACCCCCACCAGGGACUUUUAUCAUCCCCCCACCAGACUUCAUGGGUGACUUAAACCAUCUAGACACAAUGCUUCAUCCUGCUUCCAUGCCUGUUUCGAAACCCAGUUCACUGACUCCACCAAAGCUUCGAUCUACCAGCCCUGAACUCAAUGGAUUCUCCUCUAUCUCCAGCCUUGACUCCCCGCCACAGACUCCGGCUCCUCCUCCGCCUGUGCACGCACCCACAGCCUCCAGCUUUAAUCCCCAGACCACAGCAAAGCUUUACAAUGUUCCUAAAACCUCAGUUCUCAGCGGGUAUGAGGAUCGUGAUACAAGACCCAAGCAGAAGUUACUCCUGGAUGAAUCUGGGUCUGUUCAUUCUCCCUCAGUCCUUGCCCAGGUGGAUGGGAAUGACCCUACAGCGGCCGCACUAUCCAAACCACUUUCCAAAGACGUAAAGGAGCCGAAGAAGAGCUUACAUUUUACCAAACCCUCUCAACCACCCCCCCCUGUGCCCAACAUGGAGGCUAAAACAGAGACAGUUUUAGUACAACCAGAAAUACCUGAACCACCCCAGACUCCGCCUCAGAUGUCAGCACCACAGCUGAAAAUGAACAGCACUCCGGUGAAUUUAGAGCCCAGGAGGCCCAAACUUGAAUUAUCACAGAAUCAAACUGGCAAAUUCAGUCCACUAUUAGAUCGUAAACUACGCACCCUGAAGAUUGGUGAAACCAGUGGGCCACGAGAUGGACAUGCAGCUUCUCCACUGGCUCUUUUAAAGGCAGCUAAGGAAAGAGAGAAGCACAAAUCAACUCAAAGUCUGUCACGUGAAAACAGUGCCAAGCAGAGUGAACAGCCAAGUGCAAAUAUUCACUUGAGUGAUUCGAGUCCCAAUUCCUUUGUUGUCAUCCCAAAGUCUAGCUCGUCCUCUUCUCUUGCAUUGCAAGAAAGAAUACAGGAAAGUCCAAAGUCUGCCAUUCCUGUGGAACAUACACAAACAAUUCAGUUUCCAAAAAAAUCCAGUAGUCCAGCUUUCAAUAUGAUCACAACACCUGCAUCCCCAAGUGCGAUCAACCUGGCUGAGCAGAGACUAAAUGUAGAGCAAAGCCCCUCAAAGUCACAGCCUGAGUUUAAUCAAGGGGGGGUAAGUCUGCCGGUACUCCCUCCUCCACCAGAGUUUGAUGAUUUUGAGGAACUUAUGAAGUCCCCUCCUUCCAUCCGUCCACCCAAUCCUCCUGUGUUAAAGCCCACAGCACCAACUGUGAACCUUCCUCCUGCAGCUCUAGUUCCAUCUCCUCCUCCUCCUCCAAAACCUAAAGCCCCAGCAGCUCCAAAACCACCUCCUCUUCCUGAAAUUGACAUCAAACCAAAGCCUCAAGGUCAGGCAAAACGUCAGGCAGCCCCUACUCAGCUACCAUCAAAUCUUUCGCCCAAUCAAACCACACUCCUGAGUAUCUUACAAAAGAAGAUGUUGGAAAUGGACCACAAAAUGGCCCCAGCAAAGGAGGCAGAGUCAAGUUCUGAUGACUGGAGCAGCCCUAUGUCUGAUGAGGAGAAUAAGGUCCCUGUUGUUCCCAGACCUCCACUGCAGAGCAAGAAAAACCCUGUGGUCAACAAACCAGCAACCCUGGACAUGCGAGAAUUGGAGGGUAAAGUAGUCAAAAAAUAUCAGGAAGCAUCUUCGGUGAAAUCUCCCACAAGCAAUGGACCAUCAAAAUAUACACAUGGUAAGACCUUUAUGGUUCGACCUGGAGCCAAAGAUCCUAUUACUCUUGUUAGCAGAGAAUAUUAAAGACAUGGAGGUACUAGACAACAUAUCUACAGUAUGUGCCCCACACUGCCUGUGAUUUUACAUUAGUGGGAUUUUUUUUUUCUAGUGAGGAAAAAACACUGAGCACAAGGGUUAAAUGUGAUAUUAUACAGUAUGUGUAUGUAUAUGUUGUACAGGUGGAGAAGCGCUGUUUUUUCAGCGUGUAGUAUUUGUUGCUUUCUUUUUUUAUCAGUUUUUAAUCAGUCUCAAUGCCACAUGGGUAAUAUUCAUAGUAUUAUCAAUUUCAAUUAAUAAAAUGCUUUACACUUAAGUUAUUCAUGGCUGUAAAGUGUAUGAAUUGAGAUUAGACAGUAAUGUCUAGAACAUGUAAAGUUAAUAGAUUUCAUAUCUUU